AUGUUUUUAUCUUUUCUUCGAUUUGCCUCUUUCUCAGAAAAAUCAGGCAUUCUUUUACAUGAUAAAUUACGUUUAUCAAUUAAAGCAGGUAAUGGAGGUUGUGGUUUAGCUAGAUACAAUGGAAUAGGUGGAAAUGGAGGUAAUGUUAUAUUUAUUGCAAAAUCUAAUGUAACAUUUCCAUCAUUUUUAAAAAAAUUUCAAACUGAUUACACUGUUAAAGGUGAGAAUGGCGCUAAUAGUGUUAUUGUAAAUCUUGUUGGUAAACACGGAAGUGAUAAAAUUUUAGAAGUGCCAUUAGGUAUUGAUUGUGUAAAUGAAGUAGAUAAAAUGCUGGUAGCACGUUGUAAUAAACAUAAUCAAAGAUAUUUAAUAGCAAAAGGUGGAUUGGGUGGUUGUGCAUCAAAUAACUAUCAAGGUAGAAGAGGAGAAAGAUUUUUAUUAACAAUACACUUAAAAGUUAAAGCAAAUGUUGGUUUCUUGGGUUUUCCAAAUGCUGGAAAAAGUACAUUAUUAAAAGCAUUAGUACCUAAAAAAAAGAUAAAAAUUGCUCCGUAUCCCUUUACAACGUUGAGACCACAAGUUUGUCAUUUUAAAUAUCCAACAGAUAAUCCACAAGACUUUCCAUUUUCUUUAACAUUUGCCGAUUUACCAGGUUUAAUUGAAGGAGCUCAUGUUAACAGAGGAAAGGGAUAUGAAUUUUUGAAACACCUAGAGUAUAGUGAUAUUAUCGUAAUGGUUAUUGAUAUAUCUGGCUUUUUUUUAUCUAAUAGUAAUGGCAAUAUCUAUAGAAAUCCAUUAGAAUGUAUAUCAAUUUUAAAUCAGGAAGUAGAAAGAUACAAUUAUAAAUUAUUAAAUCGGCCUGUUGUUUUAGUUUUAAAUAAAAUUGAUAUUCCUGAUGGUGAAAAAAUUGCUGAUGGUAUUAAAGAAGCUAUUGAAAAGCGAACAUGGUUUAAAAAUGUUCCAGAAGACAUUCGCCCAGCUAAUCCUAUUUAUUUUCAAGAAAUUGUUAAAACAAGUGCUAAAGAAGGCAGGCUUAAUAAUUUUCAAGAAAUUGUAAGAAAACUAUAUGAUGAAAAAUAUCCUUUGAGAACAUUAGAUGAUAUAAAAUUUUCAGAUAAUGAUGAAAAUUCAUUAAAAAUAAUAUAG